UUUUAUUUACACUUUUUCAUCUUAUAGACUUCAAUAACUUCUCAUACUAUUCUCUUCUUCUUCUUCUUCUUUAUUGCUUAUAGUUCUGAGAUAUCAAAUGGAUUCAAAUCAUAGUAUCCUCUUUGUGGCCUUUCUUAUUCUAUGCUUAACUGUGAAUGGAGUUACCGGAUAUGCCACGGUCACUGGCACGGUAUUUUGUGACCAGUGCAAGGAUGGAGAGAAAUCUUUGUUCGAUUUUCCCGUCUCCGGAAUCAAGGUUAGUGUCACAUGUUUGGAUGAAAAUGGACAAGUCUACAUGUCAAGAAAAGAGACCACUAACUGGCUUGGAGGAUAUGUGAUGAGAUUCGACGGGACACCGGAUCUAACCAACUGUUAUGCUCAGGUUUCAGACAAUGGAGCUCAACAAGGCUCAAGUAGUAGUUGCAGCAUCGCUUCAGGUCCUGCGCAGAAACUUAAACUAUUGUUUAGUUUCUUUGGGAUUGAAACGUUCGUUGUGGAUGCCCUUCUUGCUCAGCCGGUUCAGCCAAUGUCUUCUUGUCCUAAACCACCACCGGCUCCGGUCAUGCCUCCUCCUCAGGCUAAGCUUCCACCUUUGCCUCCAAUUGCUCAAGUCCCGGUCUUACCUUCUCCUAAGGCCCCGGCCAUGAGUCCUCCUCCAGCUACAUCGCCACCUCAAUUUAAGCUUCCACCUUUUCCUCCAAUCCCUCCAGUUCCAUUUGUAGAUCCCUCAGCUUGUUCUCACAAGUUAUGGAUAAGACCUGAGUACAGAUGCUACUGGAAGGUGAUAGGUCCAGACACGAAGGUCGCGGUCGCGUUUGGACUAGUAGCCGGGAGGAGAUAUGGUAAUGAUAUGACUGUACGGGAAGCGCUUAAAGGGAGAGGAGAAGCCUACAAGACUCUCCUUAGGGAAGCAACAACUGCAUUACUCAAUUCAUACAACUCUCUUGGCUUUCCUUAUAACUCCGUCGCUGUGAUCACAUAUACAAAUAUGGCUCUCCUUGGGAACUCGCAGCAUGAUGUUCUCAUGACAGCUAUCCGUUUCAUCAAGGCUAACUCGGGGACUUGCAAAUUCACAGUCUGCAAGUGAUUUCAGUGUUUUUUUAUUUAUUUCUUAUUUAAAUACUCUACACUUUCUUCUUUUCCCAAUGUUCUUAGGUCCUUUUGUAACUAACACCUCCUAUGAAAAAUCUACACUUGGAUUCAUAGAGUUUAUGAACUA